AAAGGUUAAAGCGGUUUGGUUUUAUGCUACAAACUCAAGGACUAAAAUAUGUAUUCUACAGUUCAGCUGAUUUUGGGAAUGUGUCAUCGCUCUUCUGCCAGCUGUGAAAGCAGAGCUACUGUGCAUCAGCUGGCUGCGGAUUUCCUGUAACCUAUUGGAGAAGGAACAAAGAAAAAUGCCGAGCCAGUGAAAAUGAACAACCACAACCUCAGCAAUGGUGGAGGAGACAAAACUACAGAGGCCCAGAGGGAUACUGCAUCAACGUCCUGUACCUUGUUUGUCAUCCUAAAAGUGUCACCAUUGGUCGUCAUCGUAGUAGUGUCACCACUGGUCAUCAGUCACCAUGGGAAAAACUCCAAUAAAAGAUCAGAAAGAUGGCAAAAAAGAGAAACCAGGAAGAACAGUUCAACCAACAGGGACAACCUCUGCAACAAAUAAAGAUGCUUUCAGCUGGGAAGAAUAUCUAAAAGAAACGUCAUCUAUACCGGCUCCACCAAGUUGUUUUCGUCAGGCUAGAGUCCCACCCUCCAAUGACUUCAAAGUGGGAAUGAAGCUUGAAGCCCACGACCCACGCAAUUCCACUUCAGUUUGUAUUGCCACAGUGAUGGGUAUAACUGGGGUUCGCCUGCGUCUCCGUCUGGAUGGAAGUGACAACAGCAAUGACUUCUGGAGACUGGUAGACUCCUCUGAUAUCCAGCCAAUCGGCACCUGUGAGAAGAAUGGAGAUAUGCUGCAGCCACCACUGGGAUUUCGGAUGAAUGCAUCCUCAUGGCCCAUGUUUCUGUUGAGAACCUUAAAUGGAGCGGAGAUGGCGCCAGCAACAGCCUUUAAAAAGGAGCCUCCGAGGCCCCCACAGAACAGCUUUAAGCCAGGCAUGAAGCUGGAGGCUGUGGACAAGAAGAACCCAUACCUCAUCUGCCCUGCCACCAUUGGGGAAGUAAAGGGCGAUGAAGUCUUUAUCAUGUUCGAUGGGUGGCGGGGGGCCUUUGAUUACUGGUGCAAGUGUGACUCUCGGGACAUCUUCCCUGUGGGCUGGUGCUCCCUCACUAAGCACAGCCUCCAGCCGCCAGGAAACAGUGUUACCCUCCCAAAGAACCUGACUCUCCCGGCAUCACCCUCCAAGCCCAGCAGGCGUUCCAUGCAGUCCCCCUACAGACUCCCCAACCCUCUUCCCCCUUUGCCUGUCAGGAAGGGGGUACGGGGCCGUCGGCCCAAGAGUGAGACCAUCGCUCUACUCAAAGCUGUGGCAGAAGCAGCGGCUGCUCGAAACGGAAACGUACCUGAAAACACACAGCUCGUACCCCGACCCCACAAGAAGAGAGGACCCAAACCUGGAAGCAAGAGAAAGUCCAAGACCCUGCAGGGUUCGACACAGCUGCCCAGCAUCCAGGUUCCACAAGAAAGCCCUCCCAGUCUCAACUCUGUGGUUUCAACAGUGUGUGUGUAUGUGAAUAAGCAUGGAAACUGUGGCCCCCACCUGGACAGGAAGCAGAUGCAGCAUCUGCCAGACCACUUUGGCCCGGGGCCAGUGAAUGCUGUCCUCCAGCAGGUGGUCCAGUCAUGUAUAGACUGUUCAUAUCAGCCUAAAGUCCUGCUCAUUGCUCUGCAGACUCAUUCAGGAGGAGGAGAGGUUGUCAGAGUGAGGACAGACGGUGGAGUUCGUGUGGUCAAACUACCCUCAGCGUCCAGUGCUUCCUUUGUGCUGCGGUUCCUCGAGACUAUGUGUCGUCACCUGCAAUGUGACAAUCUGUUCAGCAGCCAACCAUUCAGCCACUACGCUGCUUACGACAGGAACAAGUCAGUGAAAGAAGAGGCGUUGGACACUCCCUCUCUGACCCGGGCUAGUAAACGAAGUCUCUCUGGAGUCUCUCCACCUUAUGCAGCCCCACUGUCCCCUAAACAUUUACGUACUGAGGCUCACCCUUCAGAAGCAGAGACUCUGCCCCACGAGGAGAACGGCCUCAUGAAGGAGCAGCGCUACAUGGACUCGGCCUCCAACUCCAUGACUCCUCGUCCCCAUACAGUGCGGAGUUCCUCAGAGUACCACUCUCAGGCCAGCAGCCUCUACCAUCCCGGCAACAGCAAACCCAUGCGCCGGCUCUCCUCUAACCCUGCAGAGCUCAGCUCCGCACAGCCUCUCCGACGAGUUGAAGCAGCCAGCUCCACCACAGGUCCUGAGGCUCUGUCCGACCGGGAGAGUCAGCAGCUGCCCAGUAAAAACCCCUCCUCCUGGUCCAUUGAAGAGGUGAUGCAGUUCGUAAGGGAUGCUGACCCCACAGCAUUAGCUCCACAUGCGGAACUAUUCAGAAAACACGAGAUUGAUGGAAAAGCCCUGAUGCUACUACGGAGCGACAUGAUCAUGAAGUACAUGGGUCUGAAGCUGGGGCCUGCACUGAAGUUAUGUCACCACAUAGAGAGGCUGAAACAAGGCAAACUGUAACAGGAGCAGGGGCAGCGCUGUCCCUGCCAGACCCAUGGGCAAUGAGCCCUGAUAGAGCCAGCGCGUGGACACUGACUCAUGGGGCACGCAGGGACUACAUGUUAGUCCAGACUCCACCUCGAGAGACUGAAUACAUCUUACAACUUCCUCCAGACUUUCAGAGUGGAGAAAAAGUGUGCCGUGCAGUGCUGACACAUUACCUCAUCCCCUCAUCAGUGAACAAAAAGCUGUUCGAGUCUAAUAGACGCCACUGACUUACUGAAAUCCCAAAGGAAAAUAAUCCCUGUAGUGUUUACAUUGCAUAGCACAUGUGCAGACGUUGACACUUUUUUACGGAGAUGAAAUCUUUUGAUCCUGAUUUUGGAUCCCCAAAGAUGGAGAAUGUUUCUUCUUAUAUAAUGUUUUUAUUAUUGUAGAAUUUCCAGUUAAUAAGGAAGGGUUGGUAUACUGAAAAAGACUCCAUCAGAUGUUCUUCGCCAUGCUCUUUGAAGAGAAUUUGGAUGCCCUCUCGUCGGUGCUGUUGUAUAGCUGAUUUCACUCUUCACGUCUAUGCCUAAAGUAUGGGCAUAUCUGCCUGCCCGAAGAAUGCUAAUGUCAGUGCAUUCCACUUCUUUCACACAGUGCUAGACUGAUGUUUUCAUUUGCUCAAACAUUGUCAGUAUCAUGGUAGGAAUCUAGUUGUAUGCUGCCGUUUUUUUUUUUUGUUUGUUUUUUUCCAAUUGAACCUCACCUCUUCCCACGAGUGUCCUCCAGGAUUUUCACCUGCUUUGUGGCAUGAUGUGUUAUUGUGUCUUGGCGGGCCCUACGUCACCUCCCCACUGGUCUCCAUGCAAUUCUUACAAACGUUGGGCCGUUUGUAUCCGGAGCUCUGGGAAGCUAUGGGUGUAUCCAUUUCAAUGGACAGAUUUUUAAGGAGGUGCAAAUACAACAUUUCUAAGGGCUUUCUAUGUUUAGUUUUGAUGUAAUAUUUUUAUCAGUCUUAAUCAUGUAAGCUCAUUGUUCUGCCUGCGACCUCAGUGUUGUCACUUUUGACCGUUACAGUCACUGUUAGCAAUGAAAACAGAUGUGUACAGUUUUAUGGGUUUAACCAUGAAUAUCAGCGACAGAAUGUACAUUUUGUAGAAACUUAAUAUUUUAAGGAAAUCAUAUACAUAAGUUAGAAAUGUGAAAGGGAUGGGGUGAAUAUUUCACAGUGAAUUCCAUUCUGCUUUUUAAUACCUAACGCAGCGCUUUUAGUUCAGAUACUCCCAGUACUAGACUCUGCCUUGCUUUACCUAUGACAUUUCUCAGGUUUAUGUGGUCUUUGUUAGUACAAACUUUUGUAGCACACUGUUUAUAAUAUACUUAACAGAAUUUUCCUGUUAUUCCCUUCCUCGAUUUAAAAAGACUUGUGCCAUAUGAUAUUCAACACAGGAUCGAAGUGCUGUUAAUUUCCUUCUCUUGCAUCUUCUUUAAACUACUUGAAAAAUAUGUGUUGCUAAAAGUCACUUGUCCAUUAUGUCACACCAGAUAAACAAUGUGUGUUUAUGAU